CGCACGCUUAAAUUCGGUUCACUCACAGUCCUCUUCUUCGUUUUGAUCUACCACUUAUAAUCUUCAAUAACUGCCGACGUGCUCUGGCUACAGCCUCACAUCUCGUCUGCAACACCUGAUCCUUUCUCUAGACCUGGACAGGCUCUUUAGGAGCUCAAUUCUCAAUCAUGACGCUCUACUACAGCCUGGUUUUCGCCAUCUUGGUGUCAGAGAUGGUACUCUUUAUUUCCCUGGUCGUCCCAAUGCCUUUUACGGUCAAGCGCAAGAUGUUCAAUUUCAUCUCAGAGAGUCCCUUGGUAGCAAAAUUACAGUACGGGAUGAAGAUCACGUUUAUCUUCAUCCUCAUUCUUUUCCUCGACAGCGUCAACCGCGUUUACCGAGUCCAAGUUGAAAUGGCGGCCUUGAUGAAUGACACCACCGGUGCAGGACGAGCAGCAGCAAUUGGCACUGACCGUAUGGAGGUUCAAGCUCGCAAGUUCUACUCGCAACGCAACAUGUACUUGACCGGCUUCACGCUUUUCCUCUCUCUCAUCCUCAACCGCACAUACGGUAUGAUCCUCGAUGUCCUCCGUCUCGAAGAAAAGGUCAAGAUGUACGAGGGCGAUUCACAGGCUGGCGGCAAAGAGGGAGAGAAGCUAGGCAAGCACUACCGUGCGGACCAGAUUGGAGAGCUCAAGAAGCAGUUGGAAAAGAAAGACAAGGAACUGCAGGCAAUGAAGAGCCAGGCCGAAGGUCUGCAGAAAUCGUAUGACGAGUUGAGCGUCAAAUACAACCAGACCAACCCGAGCGAAGGUGACAAGAAGAGCAACUGAUGGUCGGAGUUGAGUGCGACUUCACGAAUUUGUGGGUGUGAUGCGUGCUGGUGUGCGAUCGUGGACUGGGGUUGCUGGCGGACGGGAAGGUAGAAGUUGUUGAAAACGAAGCGUGAUGGGAUAGGAGGGCAGUAGUCAGAACAAAGGAGCAAAUGUGACUACCUCGAUGCUCGAUAGGUGAGGUGUGUUUAGUCUGUAUUGUAUAUGCUAAAGAAGAGCAAUAGAUUUUUGUAUUUUCAGAGUUGAUGAGCAUGGAACAUGGAUGUAGCAUCAUCGGUCGACCCUGAAUAUCCUUGUUCCCAAUUUCUCUUCGCCCUGAACAUCCG